GAAAAUAUAACUGCAACUUGAAGAGUUCAAUUUACCACAGAGGAAAAAUGGCAGACGAUCAAAAGAUGGAGAAAGGAAGAGUAUGCGUUACAGGGGGAACAGGGUUUGUAGCUUCUUGGCUUAUCAUGAAGCUUCUUCAACAUGGCUAUUCUGUCAACGCUACUGUCCGCUCCCAUCCUUCAGGCAGCAAGAAAGACCCAAGCUUUCUAACAAGCUUACCCGGCGCACAAGACAGACUACAGAUUUUCCCAGCAGAUCUCAACGAUCCAGGAAGCUUCGGACCAGCAAUCGAGGGCUGCGUAGGGCUAUUCCACGUCGCCCAUCCCAUGGAUGCCGGGGAUGAAGAAACAGCCACGAAUAAAUCUGUGGGGGCAUUACUAGGAAUUCUCCAAGCGUGUGUCGACUCCAAGACAAUCAAGAAAGUGGUGUACACCUCCAGCGCAGUCACCGUGGCCAUGAAAGACAGGGGCGGCGAUGAAGCUCAGCUGGACGAGGGUUCAUGGAGCGAGGUAAAUUUCAUGAGGAACAUGACGGCAUUCGGAGUCAGCUACUGUAUUUCGAAGACGAUGACUGAAAAGGCGGCUCUCGAAUUCGCCACCAACCAUGGCUUGGAUCUUGCCACCGUGAUCCCGCCAUGGAUACACGGACCCUUCAUCUGCCCCAAUAUGCCUUUCUCUGUAAAGAAGAUGCUGGGCCUCAUCAUCGGCAAUGAACCCUCGGUUAACUAUGCAAGAACCAGUGCAAUAGUGCACGUGGAUGAUAUCGCCGAGGCUCACAUAUAUCUUUUCGAGCAUCGGGAGGCCAACGGGAGGUACAUUUGCUCGGCGGUAGAGGCAACAGAUAGGGAAUUGGUUGAGCUUGUUUCGUCGCGGUAUCCCGAGUUUAAAUUGGUGAAUCCAAAAAUUUUAUCUGAUCCAGCAGAUAACAGUAGGUUUUCAUCCAAGAAGCUGUUGGAGACUGGUUUCACGUUUAAACAUGGACUUGAGGAAAUGUUUGACGAUGCUAUCCGCUGCUGCAAGAACAAGGGGCUUCUCUGAUUAGGCUGCUUAUCUUAUUACACUAUAUUUAUGUAGCGAUUUAAAUACGAAAAAUAAAGAACCGCGAGCUUUCCCACCGGAUGGUUAUCUGGAGGGUUGAAUGAAGCGUCGAAUUGUCAAUGUACUAUAUCCUUUACUGCAAUUAAACGACGCCGUUUCUUGCUUGAGUGGGCCCUCCUUCCAGAAUCUGGCAAAAACUGACACGAUAGACAAUUUGACACGAAAUAAUUAAGUUUUUGGUAAAAAUUUCAAUUCGAUUA